AUGUCCGACCCCUCCGCCCGCGACUCUGCUGCUGCUGCAGCGCAGCACAGCAAAGAGGCUUGCUGCCGCGCAGGCGCAGACAUGAAGGAAAAAGCUGGGGAGUUGGGAGCAGCAGCAAAAGAGAAGACUGGUGCUGCUGCAGCAGCAGCAAAGGACGAAGCAGCAGCGCUGCAGCAGCGCAGCCACGAGGCCUACGAGUCUGCUGCUGCUGCUGCAGCAGACAAAAGCGAGGGGGCCAAAGACCAGGGAAGGUCCAUUGGUCAGACCAUCAGCGACAAGGCCUGCAGCAUGAAAGACACUGUUGCUGAUGCUGUCAGCAGCACAGCAGCAGCAGCAAAAGACAAAGCUGCUGCUGCUAAGGACUCUGUUGCUGAGGGCAUUUCCAAGCUCAGGAGCGACACCGCGGAAUUCAUUUCCCCCUAG